AUGAAAGAAUAUUUGUAUAAAAUUUCAUCUGAAUAUGAAGAGGUUUAUGAAAAGUUUAGUCAAGAAUUUAAUAUAAGCAUUAAACAUGAAAUUUAUAAUAAGACACUCAUAUUUGAUUGUAAUUCAUUGAAAAAAUUGCAAGAAAAUAUGACUCAACUGAUUAAUGAAUUAGAUAAUAAACUAUUUAAAUAUAAUAAUGAA